AUGAGCACCCCAGCCACUCACCAGGUUCCCUCUGCGUCGGCGGACGAGAUUAAGAUCACGCUCGGAUUUCACCAUCCCCGCACCGGAAGGUUUGAACAAUCUCACAUUGCGCUCCCCCGCAGCGCAGGACAGCAAAAUUUUGUUCCGUUGGGCCCGCAAUCGCACAGCUGGGCAGACAUAUACCCUGAUUGGCAUUGCGCACCUACAGAUUGGGAGCUCCCGUCCGAUGUCGUCCGUCCUUCCGCCGUUCGAACUUACGGUCCCUUCAAUACUCCGGUGCGGGGCUCAUCCGUGGUGACCGAGCUCAACGCCGUGGAUCUGUUCACGUCUGCCGCGCCCGCGAAAGGCGGGUUUACCGAGAUAGAGAAAUUACGCAAUCGAUAUGGACUGAUGCUUCAGGAGGAAUUGUGGGACGUGUUCGCCGAUGAACGGGUCAUACAUCGAACGUCAUUCUACGGUGUGAUCCCGUACAAUCCCAACCGAAACCUCGGACUGUGCUUCAUGCUCCGCGACCCUACGCAGCUGGCCGAUUACCCACUCCUCGCAUCCAUCUUCGAUAUGCCGGUGUACGAACAGACGAUCGCCGGAGGAGUUCAAAGUUUCUUUUUCAGCAAGGAGAAGUUACAGCAGUGGUGGUACAUCGUGGACGCCUUGGUCAGGACUGAGGCCAGCCUUGCCACCCAUCCCCUUGCCACACACGCGAGGCUCGCCGGGGUCGAAUACGAAGCAAUGGCCAGGCCCACGGACAUGAACAUGAGGGCCUCCUUCUCCACUCGCAUGCGCGCCCGCACUUUCGCCCAACGGGCAAUCAACGCAUUCUCGCCAAUGAUCGGCGAGGUUUCGUACUUGUAUGCCUACCUCCGGCGGCAUCUUUCCUGUGAGGAAAUUCGGGAACAUCUCCUGAGGGCGGGCACCUUGACGCCCAUAUGGAUUGAUUUACUCUUCACCACUCCGGUGUUUAGCCUCUUUGGUCCUGAGCGCGCGGGAUUAUCGCUGCGCUGCAGGACGCGUGACGAAUAUCUGAUGCCGCUGAUAAAAACAGUACGCGCUUGGGGUCUUCCGAUCCAGUUUUGGUGGCCCGCCGAUGAGCGGGAAUUGGGGGGUUUGCACACUGUAUUGGGGGCGGCCACUCCAGGUCACAACGCGUGGUCCAUCGCAAGACGAACGAUGGACUCCUUCGCCAUAUAUCGACCGGAUGUACGUCCGGAGCAGGAAGGAGAAGAAGGCAUCGUGUCGAUGAACACGUUCUUCCGCCGGCGCGAUGCGGAGGAUGCUGCGGAGCUGAUGCGUGCCAAUCGAUCGUCGUGGACUCCGACUGACGAGGAGGUGAUCACAGACGGCCCUGCAUGCGACGUUUAUCUGUGGGUGGGGGAUGGUGAUUACCUCGUCAGGCAUCUAGUUUCCCCUACAUCCGCACCUAACGUCCUCCUCGCGUACGAUCAUCGUCAUUUCAGGAUAAAUCUUCGAAGACGCGAAAUCGAUGUGUACGGCGGUUGGGGUCUCCCCCCUCGUAGCGGCGCUCGUCGACCUGCUGCCUCACAGAGCGCGGCGGCGGGCUUCGCCAGCUAUGAUCCCGAUAUCAUCGACGUUGAUUAUGGUUGGGAUGCGGAAGGCGACGCCAUGAACGAACCGUUACUCCUCCCUCGGAAUCCCAACCGCGGUCAACCGCAAUUCGGAUUCACCAGCGAAGAGGUGGAUACUUUUCGGUCCGCUUACGAGGAGUAUCACGAUUCGUUGGUGGAGGUCGUUGAUCGACCGUUUCAAGAUCCGUUUUCGUUAUCCUUCUCUCUCGGUGGAUUGCUCGAGAGACUUCGCCUGCGGUACGGGUGGAAGACUCAGGCAUACACCUACGGCGACACCAUCCACUGGCGCGGGGAUACGACGAACGGCCCGCUGCAGCCGUACGAUCUGGACAGGCUGCUUUACAUAUACGGCGGGAGCAGAACCGCUCCCGACGGCCUGGUACUUGGUCAGGACGUCGCGCUGGUCAGCCGGUUGCGCGAUUAUACGCGAUAUGUUGAGAUCCACGCCAGCGUCGCCAACUUGCCGCCGGUGGUUCAUGACUGGAACUUCGAGUUCCAAUCAAGUCAGAUCGGCGAGGUGCAGUUAACUUGUCGCACGAUGAAGUUAACGCGCGAAUUUGAAGAUAAUGUGGGUGUUGGUGAUGCGGGAAAAGUACAUCCACCCCUCGAGGCACUCGUGUACGUCUUCCGGCUCCGCGAUCAAGCUCAGGAGGGUGCCUCUUCGGUCUGCUUGAUUCUCAAGAGCGCCGUGUCCACGAUGCAGGCAAUGCGUUAUCUCCGGGAUCAUCCAUCUGUGGAGGGCUGCGAUCAGGUUACGGGCCUGGCCCGACACCUCUUGCAUAACGGCGUGGCCUUCCAAUUGGCGUAUGUUCGUGAGGCGUCCAACAACCAGCCGGAGACGCCUAGGCAGUCCACUAGGCAUGGCCUGCCGUUCAGAAUCCGGGAGACUUGGCUCGGGAAGGCGACUGCAAAGGAUUUCGGGGCAUGGGAAUACAUCGUCACGGAGUUCCUCAAGACGAAACGCGCGAGGGCAGCGUUGAUGAUGGGCGGUCCGGUAUGGCGUAUCGCGCUGGAAUAUGGCCCCGCCGGCCUGCUGGAGUCUGGGGUGGCCGGCCCCUCCGAUGAUCAAAAGGCUUGGGCGGCAUUUGCAGUGGAUACCGACGGUGCACGAUACAUAGACGAUAUUCUGUCUCCGGAAGAGCAGCGCCUGGUAUGCGGUUCGUAUGUGGUCAUCGAUUCUGAGAAGGGGAGUUCUGGCCGGCGUGUUCUCGUGUCAUGGUUCCCUCGGGGCAACAAGUUUUGGGAUCAUGGGAUAUGGACGGAGACCGAUGAAGCGUGGUUCCGCGGGCACGUCGCCGGGUGUCGCAGCGGUUCCAAGCAACCGCUGCUGUCGGAUCAAUGGCGGGCUAAUCAGCGGCCUCGUAAUCAGCGUGGGGCUCGCGUGUUCCGUGCAUUCGAAGAGAUCGCACGAGCGUCUUUGAGCGCGAGGUUGCUGCCCAGGGUCCUGUCGCAUCGGGGAGUAGGCCACGUCGAGGGCGUGGUAGCGGUGAUACUCUGCCCGCUUCUCGCGCACGGGGGCCUCAGGAUUAUCAUUAUGGAUCUCUCGAGCGCGAACCCGCGACCUGCCGCCUCCAAGCGGCGCAAAAGAGAUCGCGGUGCGGACGACCAGGAUGUGGAGGACAUCGACAUGGACGGUCCCGGGACAGAUACUGUGGCCCUACGGAAAUGGCAAGACACGUGGGACGAGACCCUCAGAGAGCGAGAGAUAGCACAGGUGCAUAUGGUAGCAAACUUCGACAUGAAGGCCCAUAAGAAGCAGAUCGACGAACUAACAAACGUGGUAGCUGAGAUGUCUGAAGAACCCGAUAGGAAGGCUGUCGAAGUCCUAAGCGCCCGCAUGUUGAAAAUCGACCAAGCGCAGGCCAUCCUCAAGGCACGGAGCAGGGAGGAGCCACCGGAGGGUCGUGUCGACGAAAGAGCGUUCGAGCAGUUGCAGAUCAGGCUUUCAAAGGAAGAACAGGAUCGCCAUCGUUUGGAGGAGGAUAUCGCUACCGCCGCAGCACAGCUGGAAGCACGCACGGCGGAAUUGAGAUUGGUGGAGCUGCAGCGAGAAGAGGCGUCCAGAGGAAUCGAACAGUACCGAAAGGACAUCCAGAGUCUGGAAGGCGCGAAUGCUCAGUUGCAGCUGCAGCUCACUGCUGCCCAACAGAAGAGGCCGUCGCGUGUGUCCGAGCGGAACCUAUCCUUGCCGGCAUUCACCCUCGAACCCACGGCAUCGCCGUCGAGAAACCCGUUUGACGAAGAUGACGACACGACAUCACAACCUGCGCUCACUGGCGCUGCAGGACUUCGACGAGAAAUGACUUUGGAAGAACCUGAACCGAAGCAGAUCCGCCGCGACAGGGCAAAGAACGAGCGCCUCGUCGAAGAGCUUAGAGCCGCCUUGCGUGAAUCAGAAGCACGAUAUGUAAACCUGGAAGUGGAGUGUCAUACAGCGAAACAGCAGCUCGCUGAUAUGCGGAAGGUGAACUUUGGGUGGAAACCAGCCCGAGUACAAACGCAACUGAUAUAUAUCCAGGCGGUGGCAGACGCGGUAUCUGCUGCGGAGCGUCAUGCAGAAGCACAUGAGACAGCGACAGCGGCGUUGCAGGAGGUCAGCGCAAAGUACGAACAGGAAACGCAACGAGGUGUCGAUUUACGAACAACCUGCGCCCAGCUACAAGAAGAUCGUGAUGAGCAGGCUCGCAGUGCCCAGGAGAGCAAGGUGGAAACAUCUGAAGAGCACGGUCACUUGGCCGAAGCGCGAAAGGACAUUGCGACCUUGGAGAGCCGGCUAGCGGAUGCCUCGGUGGAGAUGAACAAAUUGCGCAGGGCUGCCGAGUCACUGAACCGGGACUGUGUACGGCUGCACGAGCAAUUAUCGGAGGCUGAGAAGCAACGGAACGCGGCCAUCGAGGAAGUCGCCGUAACAAAGAAAAACCACGAGUCUGUGGUUGGUCAGCUGUUGGCGUCCGACCAAGAACUCCAGGCUGUGAAAGAGCAGUUGUCUGCGAUGGAGAGCCGUCUGAUUGAAACGCAAAGAGUUGUCCAUCGCGAGAUGUCCGACGCUGAGCUGCAGACGGAAUACUUGAACGAUACGGGACUAAUCGAAACGCAAAAAGUCGACCGUCGCGAGAUGUCGGACGCCGAACUGCAGACGGAGUACUCGGACAAUACGGUGCUGCUAGAAUUAGUCCUAGCGGACCGGGAGCGCGUUAUUGCAGAGCUUCGCCACGGGAAAGAAGCGACGGAGAACAAGUAUCAUGCGCUCAGGGCCCGCCAGGAUCUGAUAACGUCUUCAGAGAUAAAUAGUCGACAGAGUCGAGAGCUGGCAGAAGAAAGGCAAGCGCGGGCAACCGCGCAGGUGCGGUGUGACGAGCAAGCAGCCAGUCUUGCGAAGCUCUCUGCGGAGUACAACGCGUUGUCGGCUGGACUCCAAUCACAACUCAAGGAAGAAGAACAGAACCGCGUUUCCGCGCUUGCCGAGCUACAUAAGCAGGAGCUUUCCACGCUUGCCGAGCUACAUAAGCAGGAGCUCUCCAACAUGGAGAUCGAAUAUCGGUCGCGGCUGGAGCGGGUGGAACAGGAGCACAAGGAGUCCCUUGAAGACCUGAGGCAGCGCGCGCAGGUGGCGGAGCGAAGGUGCGAGCAGCUGGAGAUGGAGAUCCAGACGUUGAGGGAAAGCUAUGCUGCGGAUGUCGAGGUGAUGAAUGCCGCACAUGAGAGAGCGAUGAUGGAAGUGGUCAUCGAUCACCAAUCCGAGGUCCAGGGUCUGCAAGACGACUUAGCCACAUCGCGUGCGGCAAGCGUUGUCACUCAGCGCGAUGCAGAAGAUGUGGAAAGAUUACUUGGAAACAGCCGCAGGAUGGACAUGUCCGAGCUUCUCCCGACUCCAGGAAUCGCGCCAAUCGAGCCUGACGACGUUCAUAUGCUGCAAGAAAGUGGUACCGACGCGAUUUCGUUAGCGGAAAUCAAUGCUCAGCUGCGAUCCGUGGUCGAGAACACGGAACAGCUUUUGAAUGAUGCUCAUAGGGUGCAGGAACUUGCCCGCGAAAAUGGUGAAUUGACCGCGGUGCAUCCGUUGAAACUGCUACGUCUGUCGCAUGGAUUUAAACCAUGCCUGAAGAAGGUGCAGGUUCUCACCGCUAUCGCUGAGGAGAAAACGAGGGAGCGUGAUACGUAUUUGCAAAAGCUGAAUGACGCCGAGAUGGUGGUCGUAAACACGAGGAAGUCUCGAGAUCGUGCAAAAGAGGCGGUGACGGAACUGAAACAUGAAUUGUCCAACAGAGAUCGCACGGAACAGCUAUACGUGGAGCGCCAGGAGGUCCUGGAUAUGAUGGAACGAGUCUAUGAUGUAGCGCAAGAGACGAAAGAGGCGUUGGUUGGUAGAAGCCCGUCCCCCCCGCCGGCGAUCGAUGACGAGUCGGCUCCUGUCCUCGAAAUAACGGAUGGCGUGCGAGAGCCUUCGCCAAAGACGCCAAAGACGUUGAGCGACCUGCCCAUUGCCGGAGUGCUUGAGAGGGUUGUGGUACGACGUGCACCUACUUCUGGGGGUGGUGCAAUGGUACUAAUCGCCCGAUCAAGGCCUAAAGCACUACCAAGAGAUUCUUCAAUCGCCUCUCCACCUUCUGGGACCUCGGCGCCGGCGGAGCCAUCCUCGAACCCUCCAGUGCCCCCAAACAAAUCAGCUGGCGAAGGGGAGACUGCCCCAGGGAAGGCGACACAUCAAUCCUCGGCAACCACAACUCCCGCAGCAUCUGCGCGAGUUCCAGUCCCCACGGACGCGCCGUCCAGCACAAUCCAAGACCCUAGGACUAGUGCGUCUGUGCAAGCUCCAGUCGCCACGGGUGCACCGCCCAGCACGAUGCAAGAUCCUAGUGCAUCACCCGGCAACGUGCAGCCCACGUCGCCUGCCGCAGGGUUGGAGCCUUCCGCGCCGACGACUCUGCCGAGGACCCCACGGAGGGAGAUCACCCCGGAUGAUGUUCGUGCUAUGCGCACACAGCUGCUGUUAAGACCAAGUCGAAUCACUGAGCAAACCCGACUGUUGCGUGUGCCCGUAGCUUUCGUUCCGCCUACGCCAAAAUCGCAAGAGAAGGGCAAGCAAGUCGAUCGGGGCCCCCCCUCACUGCCUCAAGCAUCAUCAUCGAUGGAUUCUGCCCACCAAGCCCAACUCGUGGACGACGACGAUGCGAUUGAUGCUGACACCGAGAGCGAGACGAAGUCAUGGCCUAUGACCCCAGCGAAAGAGAAGUUGCGACAAGAGAAACAGUUGGUGUCUCGCGAGGGCAGGGCUCGCCAUGCGAGAUAUGUCCUUCUGGUGGUCCGCGAUAGACUCGGCAUCAAGACCGAUUUUGACCUCUUCGGUGUCACGAACAUAUCGGCAGAGCAGAGGCGUCAGUUUGAGGAGAGCAGCGGUGAGGAUGGUGGACCCACGCCGGAGAACAUGAUCCCAGAUCUAUCUACGAUGAACACGUUGUGGAACAAGUGUUGGCUCCAGUUGAUGGUAGAAAAUGCGCGAAAAUACUUCCAGGAGAACGGCAAGUACACAGAAGAUAUCCGGAGCGAAGCGUACUGGGAAGACAUUAUAUGGUCGCGCCUUUCAACGAUGCAGAAGAAAUGGCGGCAACGUCGUCCUCGCCAUAAUCCGAAGACCGGGAAGGAAGAGACGAUGGAAGAAAUCCUAGCCCGUCUUGCCACCAGGGAGGACAACCUGAUGAGGAUGCGGAGGCACACAGACGCGCGCACCUAUGUAUGA